GUUGUUUUGCUCUCGUCGGAAUCAAACGCAGUAGCAGCUUGUCUGUAAUACCCGGAUGAAUAGCACCCGGUAGUGCUUUGUUCUCUUUUGUGUAGCAGUUUUCAGUUAACCUUAGCUUUGUUUUGUUUCGGUGGAACAAAAUGAUCGAGAACACGAUCAAAUUUCGUUUCCCUGCGUCGGCGCCGCGUCCAACAUGGAUUGAAAUCGCUGACUUCUUGAAGCAGCUGAAAUCCAAUGUAAUGCAUAUGGAAACCGUGUACAAGAUGGAGGAGGACAGAAGCCUGUCCAUCAAGUUCAAAACGGCAGUCGCAAUGGAGGAAGCGUUGCGAUUAAAUUCAGGACCAGUCAAAUUUUGUUAUUCGAAUGGGAAAACGGUUCACGUUACCAUGUCACGAGCCGGAACCAACAUAAGGUACGUGCGGAUAUUUGAUAUUCCCCCGGAGGUAUCCGACGAGGAUCUGUCGUUGGUCCUUGGCAAAUAUGGAAAAAUCGAGAGUGUGAUCCGAGAAAAGUUACCACCGAACCUAGGACUAGACCAUAUGUUCAACGGAGUGCGAGGUUUGCACAUCGAAGUGGAAAGCGAAAUUCCUCCAACAGUGGAAAUUCUCCAGUGGAAAGGAAAGGUGUUUUAUGAGGAUCUUAAAAACAAGUGCUUUUUGUGUCAACAGGAGGGGCACCGAAAAAACGCCUGCCCACAACGUCCAACCCGGAAUCAAAAGGCAAAGGGAGUGGAAAUGGUUGCUAGUACCUAUGCUAGUGCCGUGAUUCACGGUGGUGUAGCACUAGCUCAGCAGGAAGCCGUGAACGAGAAAAUGGAAGUGGUCAAAGAGGAUUCCGAAGCGAAAACGGAAGCGAAUGAAGGCGAAGAGCAAGGUACAUUGCAAGGAACGGAACCGAUUGUGUAUCAAAGCGAGUAUGAGAAGACUCUGGCGGAAAAUUGGGCUAAGCACGAGGCGGAGAAGCGUAAAAGACAGGAAGAAUAUCGGAAACAGGAGAAGUCAAUGCAGCGACGAUAUCAAGAGAAUCUACGGGCGAAAGAAGAGGAACAAAAGGAGCGGUGGGAGAAGUGUGAAGCGGAGAGAAGAAGCAGGCAGGAAAAAUUUAAUCGGGAAUCAUCUCAACAGCAGCAAGUACUUCCGGCGGAAAGUCUUCUACAGUCUCCACCCAAGAAGAACGCUCGAAAGCAGUAAUAUUGUUAUUUUGUAUUUUUAAUAAAUUACUUUUUAUUAUUAUAUUACAACAUUGAUUUCGGCUCUGUUAUGCUCAAGGGCGCUCGAGCCUUCCAAAUAAACGAAGAUUAAAAAAAAAAAAAA